UGACGUGACGCAGUGCGCCAAAACACAGAAAGUCAAACGAGAUCCGGAAAAAAUGGCCGCCAAAAUAUGAGCCUAAUAACAUGGAUUUAUUAUAAAAAUGAUUCUAUAAUACUCGAUCUCUCAACGUCAACCUUCCAAGAAGAGACAAGAGAGCGUUUGGGCUCGGAAUUAUGUCUGUGGAAGGUGGAAAUCGGCGAAUUUCGCGGGCUGGAGGGCUUGUAGUUCGACCUCAGCCUAUAAGCGAUAAGUCGUAUGUUGAGAGUGUGGUGAGCUUCUUACACGAUGUUGUUCCACAAGUACAGGCUGUUACUGGUGGUGUGCAGAGAGCUGAGGAAUCAAAGGAAAGGGUUGUAUGGGUGAAAUUUGAGAAGGCUGACAUCAAUGAUGAUACCUUGAGUCAAGAAGAUGUCACUUUGGGCACUCCUCUUGUUCUCAUCUUGGGCUACUCUAAUGGUUUCCAAAUGUGGACUGUGUCGUCAACAGGAGAAGCUCAAGAGGUGCUGUCAUUGCGUCAAGGUCCUGUUCGUCUUGCCCGCAUGUUAAAGACACCUAGAGCAAGGAAAGCUAGAGAUGAGUUUGCCGGUCAACGCCCACUCUUUGCCAUCUGUGAUGCCGCAAGUCCCUCUCUACCAUUCUCCACUGUCAACCUAUGUUCGCUGAGCACAGGGGAGCAGGUUCAUUCUAUCGGAUUCAAGACAGAGGUCCAUGACGUGCUGUGCAACAACAGCUUGAUGGUAGUUGCCCUACAGGAGAAGAUUGCGGCUUUUGAUGCCCUGACCAUGAAGAACAUGUUCUGCAUCAUGAGUUGUUUUCCAGCUCCAAGUCCUAACCUAAACCCCUUGGCCUUGGGUGAGAGAUGGCUGGCUUAUGCUGACUACAAGCUUGUUCCAAGCCACCAGUCCUGCGGUGGGAUGGCAGGAGACAACGCCCAGUCUUAUACUGCCACUGUCAUCAAUGCUGCCAAGACAUUGACACGAGGGCUUACAAUGUUUGGUGAGACUGUUGGCAGGUGGACAUCUUCACAUCCAUAUGAAGUUGUCAGUGAUCACGGCAAUCAGAAAGGCAAGAUGGUUGCACCCGGGAUUGUCACAGUUGUGGACACCCAAAGAAUUGGUGGCGGAGAGUUCUGUGUUCAAGAAGACGGUCAUGAUGGGACUGGAAUUGUGGCUCAUUUCCCAGCACAUGCGGGGCAGCCUGUGUCUGCGCUGGCAUUUGAUCCCAGUGGUUCGCUGUUGGUAACGGCUGACAUCUUGGGUCAUAACUUCCACGUGUUUCUUAUCAUGGCCCACCCCAUCUGCCCCUCCCUUGGUGCAGUGCACCACCUCUAUACCCUACACAGAGGCGACACGUCUGCAACGGUGGGCAGUAUAUCGUUCACGUUUGACAGCCGCUGGGUAGCAGUAUCCACACUCCGCGGUACCACCCACCUCUUCGCCAUCAACCCUUACGGAGGAUCUGUCAACGUGCGCACGCACAUCACCACUCGCGUCGUGAACCGCAACAGUCGCUUUCAUACUUCCGCCGGCCUCGACGACAUGGAGACCCCUACUACCACGGGGCGUAGCAGCCCUGGAAACGCCCAGAACAACACCGGAUCCCCGAACGGCAGCCCCCACAACAGUACCGUCCUCACAAGGGAUGCCCUCGCCCUACCCGGCGUGGGUAAUAAUGGCUUAACAAAUCCACGCCUCCCUCCCCUCUCCCAUCCUCUCGUGGUGUACCCCCUGGCUCAGGUCCGGACGCCCACUGGCGUACGGUGUAGUGGUACGUGUUGCGGGGGGACCACGACGGGGAUGCCUAAGUGUAACGGCAAGGUGUCUGCCGAGUCCGUGGGGCUGGUGGCUGUGUUUGCGCCGUCUAGGGGAUGGCUCGGAGGCACUGCGAACUCGACCAGGACGGAGCCUCCACGUCAGCCGCCUGUCGACCCCCUGUACAUUCUCGAUCUCCAUGGCAACCUAACAGAGUACACUCUCGAGCCACAAGGGUCGAGAAAUGCGCCGCACAGCUACGAAACACCGCUGGAACUGGUCGCCACUUCGCGGGCUCAAUGGCCUCUUGCUAGGUCUCAAAGCUGGCAGGAGUACAAAGGCCCUCUACCGAAGACGCACCCGAUCGUCGAGGCGAGCGUUCGUGUUACGUCACUAAUCAAGGACAAGAAACAGAAAAAGAAAGAUUCAAACCUCGUAAGCUUCGAAAAGUCCCAGGAAAACCUGGUGAUCAGUACCGAGGGGACCUGGUGCGAGCCCUCCGCCGAAUCCAACGACGAGUGGCUGACGAACAUCGAGAUGGAAACGCACGCAGGGCCGCAUAGACGACUUUGGAUGGGUCCACAGUUCUCCUUCAAGACCUUCCAACCGCCUGGGUCCUCGCCUAGUGGUUCGUCCUUAUCCCUGAACGACCCCAAGUCGCUCACAGGCGCUACCAUCACCCCUCACCGUGAGGGUCACCCACUGGACUUCUACACUGAGGAGUUGGACCUACAGAGCCUGCGCCUACAGCCGGUCCGCUCAGACCCCGUGCCCACCCCUGGUAGGGACUCUUUCACUGGCUAUGCAUCUCCCAACGGAGGGAGUCAGCCGCUGAUUAUUGACAAUGGCCCUGGUAGCUACAGCGAGCCGUUCCCGGCGAUACUCAACGGCGCCACGGAGGACAAGGAGGGUCAGCUGGUAGAGACUCUGGCGGACGCGAUGAACGACAACACCACCGCGCCAGUCAAGAAACCGAACAACGCGCUCUUUGAUCAAGGGGACCAAUUAGAGUUUAAUUCGGACUCUACAGGGGGUAGUGUGAACGCGUUCGCGUCCUACUCCUCCCCUGAUUGCAGUCCUAUGUUCCCCCCGAAUGGCUCCCCCGAGUGGUCCUGAGUAGUCAUUAACGUCUGGCGCCUGCAGUAAGGAAUGUAGGAUUGGUCUAAUAUGAUAGAUAAUUUGGGGAUUUAUGCUUGAUCGCAAUAAUGAAAAGGGUAGUUUUCCAUCCUUUGAAAUGUACCACGGAUAUUAUCAUAUCGUUGAUAUUUUUUCGAUAUUUUAUUUCAUCAAUUGAACCUGGUAAUAAUAGUGCGACAUGAAAUUCCGCGAAAGUGGUUACAGAAAACCAAUAGCAGAAUGGUGAAGUCCCUACCGUGAUGCAUUUUUUCUUGGUGAGUGGUGGUAAUUCAGUCUCACCUUUUCAAUCUGAGCUAGACCUUUAGGAUGGAGUGGUUCCUAAGGAGUUUUCAAAUAUGUUUCGAAAAUAAAAAUAUAAAAAACUCUUACCUAACAUACCCUCCAUGCGAGAAAAAAGUGGCUGGCUUUGACAAAUAUCCCUUUUCUCUUGUCUCCGAUAGGGUGUGGCGGAGAUCUUUUUCGGAGCGCAAGAAUACGUUUGUGGCUCCUUGGAAACUACUGUUUAUAAAGAGUAUAUCUGAAACAUUUAGGACACUGGAAAUACACAUGCGUCACCACUUUACAUUGCGACAAUGAAACAAGAAAUCUAAUUCUAAUCCAGCUUCCAUUUGGCUCAAUGGAAAAGCUAAGAAUAAUUUAAGAAAAAAAAGUAUUGAAAUAAAUCUAUAACAUAGAUAAGCUCGAUGUUAUAAUUUAAUACGAUUUUCGCGAUUGUAACAACCGUUUAUUGAUUACGCGAGCAGCAAAAACAUUUUUAUUCUUCUACCUUGUACAAUAGAUGAAAUGUAAUAUAAAGUGAACACCAAAAAAAUGUAUAAAAGAGAAAAUUUAUGAAAAACAGGUUGGAUUUGAAGAGAAAAUAUCUCUUUGUUUAUAUAUUAUUUAUAGUUUUUAACGAGAGUCAUUGCAGCUAGCGCGUACAACACUUUCGACCUUUUUUUGGCAGGAUAUGUAGUGAUUUGUGCCGAGUUCAUCCCCAUUUACAGAUCCACAUAAUGUUAUUUUACUAAAAUAAGAUUUUGUAACCCCCAAUGGUAACUUUUUAGCAUUCAUGUAGAUAUGUUAUAUUCUCUAGAAUACAUUAAAGAGCUGCAAUAAAUUGUUAAA